CGAAAAGGAAAAACAAAAACAAAAUUGUUGUUGAACUGGUUUUAGUUUACAAACCCUAGACCCUAUCUGUCCAUUGUUAUGACCUAUAAAUAACGACGGAAUUCUGUCGAUUUUCUCUUAUAACCACACUCUGUGCUCCUAGACGCGGCUCUUCUCUCUACCACAGUUUUCCUCAUCGGAGUUGUCACGCCGUCGCCGCCAUGUCUGACGAAGAGCAUCAGUUUGAGUCCAAAGCUGACGCUGGAGCCUCCAAAACCUAUCCCCAGCAGGCUGGAACCAUUCGCAAGAAUGGUUAUAUUGUCAUCAAAAACCGUCCUUGCAAGGUUGUUGAAGUUUCCACCUCCAAGACUGGCAAGCACGGUCAUGCCAAGUGCCACUUUGUUGCAAUUGAUAUCUUUAAUGGCAAGAAGCUGGAAGAUAUUGUUCCCUCGUCCCAUAACUGUGAUGUUCCUCAUGUGAACCGUGUUGAUUACCAGCUGAUUGACAUCUCUGAGGAUGGAUUUGUGAGCCUGUUGACUGAUAAUGGCAACACCAAGGAUGACCUGAGGCUUCCCUCUGACGAGGCGCUUCUUACUCAGAUCAAGGAUGGAUUUGGCGAGGGUAAAGACCUGGUUGUCAGUGUGAUGGCGGCAAUGGGAGAGGAGCAGAUCUGCGCUCUUAAGGAUGUUGGCCCCAAGUAAGAGUGCCAAUGAGAGGACAUUGUGGGUAGGGGAAGUGCAGGGGAGGGGAGUUAAUUGUAGUCUAGCAACGGGUCUCGUUGUUGCUUUCUUUUCUUUUUGCCCUUUUAUUGUUGAGUUCUGUUCUUAUGUGUGGGUCGAGGAACGUGUACGCAUUUCAGUAGCAGAUUUUGAGAUGUGCUCUUCACCUACGAGUCGCCCAGCAUUAUUAGCAGGUUUGGUGGUUCAGAGAAGUGCAGGACCAGGAUUUUUCUGGGUUGUGCUUGUUCGUACCGUUUUACUUUGUAUUAGACGGGUUUGCAUACAGUUCAC